GCUGUCGGUUUGGCCGUGCGUCUCCAGCCUGUCCGCUUUAAACCUUUUACUGCAGCGGAAAAAAUGGCGAACUGGAUCCUAAGGAACUGGGCCCAGGCUGUCUGACAGGUUCCGGUCCAGUUCGGACCGUGGACAGCAUGCCCGGACCGCCACCGGACGGAUAGCGCUUCACCGCGACCCAAACAGUCCUCUAGACGAGAGCUGCCGGCGGAGGGUGACGAGAUGUCGGCGGAGGGAAGCGGAACCAUCCGCAGGCGGAUCAAGAACCUGCUGCGCUCCCCGUCCAUCAAACUGAGACGGACCGGAGCGGCUCGGAACCAAAACGACCUUAGCGGCAAGGUGACGUUGGAGAAGGUUCUUGGGAUCACGUCCCUGGGUAACCGAGCGCUGUCCUGUGACCCCCGUACUGGACUACUGGCCUAUCCUGCUGGGUGUGUGGUGAUCCUGCUGAAUCCUCGGAAGAACAAACAGCAUCACAUCUUCAACAGUUCCAGGAAGGCGAUCACCACGCUGGCCUUUUCUCCUGAUGGGAAAUACAUGGUGACCGGGGAGAGCGGCCACAUGCCGGCGGUUCGAAUCUGGGAGGUGUCGGAGCGUACUCAGGUGGCCGAGCUGCAGGAACAUAAAUACGGGAUCUCCUGCGUGGCGUUCUCUCCUAACGGGAAGUACAUCGUCAGCGUGGGCUACCAGCACGACAUGAUGGUGAACGUGUGGAACUGGAAGAAAAACGUGGUGGUCGCAGCAAACAAGGUGUCCAGCAAGGUGACGGCCGUCUCCUUCUCCAGUGACAGCUCCUACUUCGUUACCUCCGGCAACCGGCAUGUGAAGUUCUGGUACCUGGACCACACCAAGACCUCCAAGGUAAACGCCACCGUUCCCCUGCUGGGGCGCUCGGGUCUGCUUGGAGACCUCCGGAACAACUUCUUCAGUGACGUGGCGUGCGGCCGCGGCCGACGAUCCUCCUCCACCUUUAGCAUCACGUCCUCAGGGCUGCUGUGCGAGUUUAAUGACCAGCGGCUCCUGGACAAGUGGGUGGAGCUACGGACAGUCGACUCUGUCUCUACAUCUCAGGCCACCUGUCUGUCUGUCACUGAGGAGUUUAUCUUCUGUGGUUGUUCUGACGGGACGGUUCGAGCCUUCAGUCCUGUCGACCUGCACUUCCUCUGCACGCUGCCGUGUCCACACCGCCUGGGCGCCGACGUCGCCUCCGUGGUCCAUGCCAGCCAGCUCUUCUCCUCCAGAGAGGAUUCUCGGUAUCCAGACACCGUAGCUGUGACCUUUGACCCCACUAACCGCUGGCUGUCUUGCGUCUACAAUGACCACAGUCUGUACGUGUGGGACAUCCAGGAGCUCCGCAGGGCAGGGAAGCUCUACUCGGCCCUCUACCACUCCUCCUGCGUGUGGGGCCUGGAGGUGAGCGGUGAUGGAGAUGGAGGUGGUGAGGCGCAGUCCCCCCCAGGUUCCUUCCUGUCCUGUUCCUCUGAUAACACCAUCAGGCUGUGGAACAUCGACAGACACAACAUCCUCCACAGGAAUAUCCUGAGCAACGACCUACAGAAGGUCCUCUAUGUGGACAACAACAUCAGCAGCCUUCUGGACACGGACAGCAUCACUGCUGCCUGCACCAACUCUGAGAAGGUAGGCUCAUCUGUACCGGAGGCACAGCAGCUGGACCAGAACCGAGUGGGCAUCAGAACCCUGAGAGUCAGUCCAGGUGGAAAACAUCUGGCCUCUGGAGACCGGGUCGGAGUCCUCCGGAUCCAUGAUCUGCAGAGCAUGGAGGAGAUCCUGAAUGUUCAAGCUCACGACUCUGAGAUCCUCUGCCUGGAGUUCUCCAAACCCGACACUGGUCUCCAGCUGUUGGCCACAGCCAGUCGGGACCGUCUGAUCCAUGUCCUGGAUGCAUCCAGAGACUACAGCCUGGUCCAGACUCUGGAUGAACACUCUUCCUCCAUCACCGCCCUCAGAUUCGCUGCCAAUGAGGGGAAGGUGUGGAUGAUCAGCUGUGGAGCCGAUAAGAGCGUCUACUUCCGUACAGCGCAGCAGACGAAAGAAGGUUUGGAGUUCACACGGGCGCAUCACGUUGUCAGGAAGACCACCCUGUAUGACAUGGAUGUGGAGCCAACCCGGAGAUACGCCGCAGUUGGAUGUCAGGACCGCAAAAUCAGAAUCUUUAACAUUGCCAAUGCCAAACAGAAGAAGGUCUACAAAGGUUCUCAGGGCGAGGAGGGGACGGUCAUCAAGGUGCAAAUUGACCCAUCUGGACUCUACAUCGCCACCUCCUGUUCAGACAAGAAUGUGUCCAUAUUUGACUUCUGUUCUGGAGAGCGUGUGGCCACCAUGUUUGGACACUCAGAGAUCGUAACGGGGCUGAAGUUCAGCAACGACUGCAGACACCUGAUCACCGCAUCAGGAGACAGCUGCAUGUUUGUUUGGCGCCUGAGUGCAGAGCUGACCAUCAGGAUGAGGCAUCAGCUGGCCAAACUCCGACCUUCCAGCUCAGUUCCUAACCCCCUCAGCACCUCUGACCAGAGGGCGGUGGAGCCCAGAGCUGCAGUCGCUCCGUGUGUGGUCAACCUGUCAUCUGACAGCGACGCAGAGGAAGAAGAGGGAGGGAUAUCCACAGACAGCCCAGAGGAGAUCAAGGAAGACUCUGAUGAGACAAACCGCAAAGACAUCAGAAAAGAGAGCCAGGCUCCACCCCCUCGCCGCCGCUGGUCGAGGAGGACGGCAAACGCAGACAGUGUGAUGACGGUGAAGUCCAUGCUGGACCUCAGACUGCUGGACUCCUACGGCCCGGAUGGCUGGGAGGAGAUGGAGGAGGAGAAGCCAUGGAACCCCAUGGAUACCUCCUGUAGCCUGAGGAGGAGGAGCAAGGACAAGGAGCUGCUGCUUCAUCGCAACAGUGAUAACCUGCAGAGUACAGUUAGUCUCCAAGUCCCCUCUGUGAGGGGAGAUGAGGAAGUAAAGACCAAUCAGAGGCCAGAUUUCAUCAUGCUGUCCCUCCAGAGCCUAAACAUGGAGGAUCCGGUGCUAUUUCCUGACAAAUGGGAGGACAGGAUGAGCCUGAUGGGAAGUGACUUCCAGGUGAAGGAGGCGCUUCCUCCAGCUGGUCAUGGUCGGCAGGACAAACCCAGUCCAGACAGCGGCUGCUCCAUCAGAUUCAGCUCCGCCGUGUCCAGCCCAGAGAGGACGACUGCAGACGACGCGGAGCCUCUUAGUGUCGAUGGGAACCCCUCAGAGUUGGAAGAGGAGGACGAAGAGGAGAGACCUCAGACGGUUCCUCAGACUCCAGACCAGGAGGCUUUCCUGAAGGAGCACUUUGUCGCCUUGGCUCAGCUGUCUGCCUCAGGUCAUCCCAGCAUGGUCUACCACAGCUCCAACGAGAGCCUCAGCAUCUCCUCCAGGUUCCUCCACCAGAGCUCACCUGGAAGUGGGACGGAGGCUCCGCCCUCUCAGCACACCCACCAUAGAGCUAAUGGAGAAGUGAAGGCCAGGCCGCCCGAUUCAGAUGAUAGGAACCAGAGCAAAACUCAAGAAAAACAGCGAGAAGCCUCAAUGACCCAUCAAGACCAAUCAUGGCUCCGCCCUGCUCAGAACCAGGGUCCCGUCCAGGGGGAGGGAGCAGGAGCCACCAACCGGACCCACCUCACUCCUGACAACUCAGCACAGAACGUCCACAGCCCAGCGGUUCCCAGAGGUAACCAGGACCUGGAGGCCCCUAGACUCCAGAGGGCCCAGUCAGUGCACAGUCUGCAGGUCAUCUCAGGAGACCCUGUAGAUCCUCAGCUGGUCUCCAGGGAGGCCCCCCCUCAGCGUCCCACCUCUCUGUCCUCCCCAAAGCCCGGGUCCGUCUCUCAACGGGAGGGCGCCACGGCCACACAGAGGAAGUCCUCCUCACCCUCUCCAACAACAUCAGCACCCCGUUCCUACAUGAGUCCCACCGCCAGCUCCAUGGCCAAGAUGUCCCGCUCAGUCUCCAUCGGGGAAAACCUGCACCUCUCUGAACCUGCUGAUGACGCUGCGGCGCCGUCCUCCUCAGAGGCUGCUGCGGUAGCCCCCCCGCCCCAUUAUGCCGCCCCUGUUGUCGUAUCCUCCUCCCUUUCGUUGUCUGGGGGAAAUCACAAUAACCGGGCAGCCCCUCCUCGAAGCCUACAGGCUCGUGUCCCAGGCAGUAGCCGGCCUCUUCCAGACAAGCUCUCCCUGGACUUCUUCUCCCCAUCCUCCAGGUUUGGUGGCUUCUCCUCCUCAGAGCAGCCCCCCCUAGUCCCUGCCCCCCCGGUGAGUCUGCCCCAACAAGAGGAGGGGCAUCUAAUCCGUGCAGGUACCGGUGGAGACUUCAUAGAUGAUCCAGAUCAGCAGGUCAGUCUGGAGACCUGUAAGGCUCUGACCAAUGAGCUGCAGAGAUGCUUCAGGAGAGCAACACACCUGUACAGGAAGGUGAUGACCGUGCUUCCACCGUUGGCUUCAUCACUGAUAUUCCCACUUAUAUUUUCAGAUGCUCAUUAAAACCUGUCCAGUUUAUAAUCCUCAGUCAUUUUAGAGACUUACUUGCUGAUUCUGAGUAAAUCUGAUUUCACUGCAGCUAAAAUAGUCUGAGGAUAUCUGAACUUUCUGUAUUUAUUUUAAAGUCACAGGUGUUGUGUUUAUUAGAGAGAGUUGAACUGAUGUCCUGAAUAGGAACAGAACUGGCCUUUUAAACCAUAUUCUGAAUCUUUGCCUAGCGACUAGCGCUGUUAGCAUUACUAAACAUCAAUCUCUGCUUGUAUUUCCUAGAGAACAUAAAAUCUAAUGCUACGUUCAGACCUAAAGCAG